CCGUUCUCUGCUUCCUGUUUCCCUGCUUCAUCACCACGCAGAGAACUCUCUCUCUCUUCUUCGAUCUCAUCUCUCCUCUCUAACACCAAAUCGAUUGUGUUUGAACUUUGAACCCAAUCGAUUUCGAUUCAUAGAGCCAUGAGUUUCUGCAAAUGGGUUUCCUUUGCUUUGAUCAUCAUCAUCCACUUGCUCAACUCUUGUCAGAUUUCAUCUUCCUCUUCCUUAACCUCAAAUGGGUUCUCUCAAAUCCCUCCAAAGUUUCUUGCUUUAGCUAAAAGAGACGAUUUUUUCGACUGGAUGGUUGGGAUCAGAAGGAAAAUCCACGAGAACCCAGAGCUUGGUUACGAGGAAGUAGAGACGUCUAGGCUCGUUAGGACAGAACUGGAGAAGAUGGGUGUGCCUUUCAAGUACCCAGUUGCUGUUACUGGUGUUAUUGGUUAUGUCGGAACUGGUCAAGCCCCUUUUGUUGCUUUGAGAGCAGACAUGGACGCACUUGCUAUGCAGGAGAUGGUGGAAUGGGAGCACAAGAGUAAGAUUCCUGGGAAGAUGCACGCUUGUGGACAUGACGCUCACACUACCAUGCUUCUUGGUGCUGCAAAGUUGCUCAAAGAACACCAAGAUGAGCUACAGGGUACAGUGAUUCUAGUUUUCCAACCAGCUGAGGAAGGAGGAGGAGGUGCGAAGAAGAUCGUGGAAGCCGGAGUAUUGAAGGAUGUGAGCGCAAUCUUUGGGUUACAUGUUACAAACCAACUGAGUUUAGGCCAAGUGAGCUCAAGAGAAGGUCCGUUGUUGGCUGGUAGUGGCUUAUUCGAAGCUAAGAUAAGCGGGAAAGGAGGGCACGCAGCUCUUCCUCAGCACGCUAUAGAUCCCAUAUUGGCAGCUUCAAACGUUGUUGUUAGCUUACAACACCUCGUUUCACGAGAGGCAGAUCCUUUAGACUCUCAGGUAGUUACAAUUGCUAAGUUUGAAGGCGGUGGUGCUUUUAAUGUGAUUCCAGACUCUGUUACUAUCGGGGGUACAUUCAGAGCCUUUUCAACUAAAAGCUUUACCCAACUCAAGAAAAGAAUUGAGCAGGUUAUCACGAGGCAAGCGAGCGUGCAUAUGUGCAACGCAACAGUAGAUUUCCUUAAUGAGGAGAAACCUUUCUUCCCACCGACUGUUAACGAGAAAGGCUUGCACACGUUCUUCAAGAACGUGUCAGGAGACAUGUUAGGGACUCAGAACUACGUCGAGAUGCAACCAUUGAUGGGAUCAGAGGAUUUCUCUUUCUACCAAGAAGCAAUGCCUGGACACUUCAGCUUCCUAGGAAUGCAAAACGAAGCUCAUUCACCAAUGGCGAGCCCUCACUCGCCUUAUUUCGAGGUCAAUGAAGAUUUACUACCUUAUGGUGCUUCCCUUCACGCCUCCUUGGCCACAAGAUAUCUUCUUGACUUGAAAACUUCGUCGCCUGAUAAGAGUUACCAAAAAGAUGAACUUUGAUGCCAUUUUUUGGCUCUCUCUAUUCUCUAUCUUCUGUCUCACCUACUCGUCGAAAUGUCAUUUUUCUAGAGAGCCUUCCAUGUAAAGAUCAAUAAAGUGUAAUGCAAUGUGGAAAUAUAAGAACUUUACUGCAAAGUGAUUGGGCCAUUGUAAUGGAAACAUUUGUUUCCAAGUCUGGAGUAUUAAAUGUAUAAACAGUUCUCAUC